AUGGCUUCUGCAGAAUACCAGCUGCACCGUGACUUCGAGUCAGACUAUCCUGAAGUUGUCAUAAGAGUGGGGAAAAUAACAUUUGGUGAAGAACAAAGAAAUAUUAAGGACAGGCAAUUAAAAAGUGAGCUAGAAGAGAAAUUAAAAAGUCAAGCAACAACUCUCAACCAAGCAGCCUGUGCCUUACUCAACUCAGGGGGAGGAGUGAUAAGAACUGAAAUUGAGAAUGAAGACUAUUCCUAUAAGCGGCACAGGAUUGGACUGGACAUAGAAGAUUCCUUUCGGGACUGUAUUCAGCACAAAGACUUCUCUGCCUAUUUUGACUUUAAACAGGAAGAGUCGUGCAUGUCGAUCUUUGUGAAAUCGUGGAGCAGUGAAAACCCGGCAUACCCACGGGUUUGCAGCCUGGACACGGGAUUGUACGAGCGGUCCAGUUCAUCAGCGGUGAAAAUGAAACCCGCAAAUGUCGUGCAUUUUCUCAAAAGUAAGAAAGAUGAUGCCAAGAGAGGAUCUAAGUGGCAGGAAGGGCCAGACCCUGCAAAUGUUCAAAAAUGUUUGCAGCGAUCCGGCGUGGAAAUGGAAAAGGACAUUAAUGAUGCUGUCGAUCGUUUUUUUGAGAGAGAACGACUGGACUUGGGAGAGAUCCUGGAUUUUACUGAGUCGACAACAGUUGAGUUCAAGGACUUAUCUUUUGUUAAGGACAACUAUGAGUUUGUCAGAAAAAUCCUACCACGCUACGCCUCUGCCUUUGCCAACACAAAAGGAGGAUACUUGAUUUUUGGUGUGGACAAUCACCGCAAAGUUGUUGGAUGUAAACAAAAUAUAGAUCCAUCUCAGUUUGUACAGGUAGUCGGUGAAACCAUUGCCGUGUUGCCCACCUUCCACUUCUGUGCUUCUGAGAAAAAAGUAGAGUUUUUAUGUAAAGCCUUGCCUGUUUAUGAUAUCAGGGGAAACGGAGAGGAAAAGAAACAUGGUUAUGUCUUUGCAGUGAGAAUUAAGCCAUCCUGCUGCAUUGUUUUUGAGAGAAAACCAGAUUCGUGGAUCAUGGAGGCUGGUGAGGUGAAGAGGUUGACGUACACUGAAUGGAUCGUACUGAUGACAGAGAAAGACCCAGAUGUGUCACAUUUUGCUGACGGUUUCCAGAUUGAAUUGAGCAGGUCCUGUAGGCCCCCACUCAGCAAAUCAGUGUAUUCUAACAGAGGCCUCACCUGCGUGAAGACUCUUCAAAGCACUUUAUUCCCAGUAAAUCCAGAUGGGAUAACCUGUAAGCCAGAGGAAAUUUGCGAAGAGGUUUUCUUGGAAUAUCCCAGAGUGAAAGAUGUCAUAAUGAAGAAAAUAGAGGAAGUAUCUUCUGUGGGAAUCUUGAUAUUUUCAAGAAGCUGGGCAGUGGAUGUUGGGCUGGAGAAGCAUCCACAGGUUGCCUGUGAUAUCCUCUUAGUCGCUGCAGAUUCAUUCCCAACUCUAUACACGGUUAUUAUGGAUAAGGGUUAUUCUGUCUCUUCAACAAUCCCUGUGGUGGAAUAUUCAAGGAACGUUGCCUGUACACUAAAGCAGAAACUGGUGAAUGAAGGGGGAUACGCUCAGAAAGUGUGUGUGAUUCCACAAGUCAUUGAGCUCGGAUCCAAUGGAGAGAUAAAGACCGAUUUGAGGUGGCCAGUCACAUACCCUCCUGGCUAUCUGGUCUCCAGAGAUGGUUUAGAAGAACUGUUGCAAGCACUUGUGAUUGCCUUAUUAAGGUUUAGGUCUUUCUUAAGUGACCAGAUUGGCUGUGAAUUUCUCAACCUUCUCACCAUUAAACAAUACGAGAUCCUAACCAAGAAUCUGCAUAAAAGCAAGAAGCUGUUCAUCUAUGGCCUUCCAGGAUCAGGGAAAACGGUUGUGGCCUUGCAGAUCAUAGAGAAGAUCAUGAACACUUUCCACUGUAAUUCUGGGGAGAUCCUUUACAUUUGUGAAAACAUCCCUCUGUGUAAGACUGUGAGAGUGGGGAACAUGUGCCAGACUGUGACGCGGAUCGACUUUUUAAAGGGGGCCUACUCUCAACCAGUGAAGCACAUUGUAAUUGACGAGGCCCAGAAUUUCCAGUUAACAGAUGGAGACUGGUAUGGCAAAGCUGUGAAGCUUACAGAAGUGGAUCCUCAUAAGCCGGGUGUUUUAUGGAUCUUCUUGGAUUAUCUGCAAACAAGCCACACACAGGUUUCCGGCCUCCCAGACGCAUCCAAGCAGGAGCCUCAGGAGUGGCUGACCACAGGGGUCCGGAAUGCCACCCAAGUAUACAAGGUCAUGAUGCACCUCAGGACACACCCCAGGGCAAGAUCACAACGUUCCCUCUUGAGACUUAAUAUUCCCUAUGAACAAUUAAAUAGACUUGUAGAUGAAACUCAGUGUGGUCACUCUCUACUUGGCGUUUUUAAUAUACGGUCAUUGAAAGGCAAAGAUAAAAUAGUAACUCGGGCUAUAGUUCACAAAUGCCUCGAGUAUUUUGAAAAAGGUUAUUCUGUAAAAAACAUUGCUAUUCUGUGCAGCACUGUGGAAGAAAGGGAUAUCUAUAGACGUUUAUUAGAACGUGAAAUGUCAAAUCACUUAAGAGGGUUUGGGCUGAAUGUAUGUUUCACAACAGCAGACGUGGUAGAGGAAAAUGGGAUUGUUGUAGACACCAUUCACCAUUUUUCAGGUCUCGAGAGAAGCAUCGUGUUUGCUGUGUUUCCAUAUUCUGAAAGCGCAUUCCUCAUUCCCCACCUGUUAGUCUGUAUGGUGUCCAGAGCCAAUUUACACUGUCAUAUUCUGUUAGAGCGAUCAAAACGUUUCCGCUACGUCGGUUCUCAAAACAUCCUUUUGGACUCUAAACUGGUACGGAAGCAGCAUUUGAUGCAGAUAAUGACAGAUUGGGAAGACUCAGCUUGGGAAGACUCAGAUUGGAAAGACAUGUAUUGGGAAGACCUGCGUUGGGAAGACAAGUGUUGGGAAGACACAGAUUGGGAAGACACACAUUGGGAAGACAAGUGUUGGGAAGAUACAGAUUGGGAAGAUACAGAUUGGGAAGACAUAGAUUGGGAAGACACAGAUGGGCAAGACAGUGUUAUGGGGCAGCCUGCCAAGGCUUCCUCAGACGAGGACCUUGAAGCAGCAAACCGAAACGAUAUGUACCAAGGAGUCCACUGA